CAUUGACGCAUAUAUCGACUUUCAUUGCCCACAUAGUGACAGUACCUACAUACAUGUUUUUGAGGAACUCAGCUGGCAGUUUCAGCGGGCAAUGUUACGUCAAUAAAAAAAGGAGCUUACCGUACCACCAUUCUCGUACCAAUUGAUAGGCACCUUAGUUAUCUGGAAGUUGAAUGGAUAUCGUAUGCGAUGUCGGAUGUAAAUGAUACGUUCAGUGCAUCAACCGGCUUUCUGUGGUUUUUCCGUGCGUGAAAUGUAGUGAUUUAGUUUUUUCAGGAAAACGCUCAAACUUUUCGUAUUUUGAUCUGAAGCUCUUCGAUGGACCACACAGUCGGUAUCUCAACACCUAUGUGUCGAAAAAUUACAAUUUUAAUUUUUCUUGGAGUUCUCCUCCGAAACUGUUACGGAACAUAUCGUAACGGAGUCUGGCAAAGCAGUCCCACGAAUUCUCUGCUGACCAAGGUGCAGUUGACCCAAAAAGGAUAUAUCCAGUUUUUGCGAUACGUAGAAGAUGUACCGUCAAUGACUGAAUACACUUUUUGCAUUUGGAUGAAAAGCUUUGAUCUGUCACGCUCUCAUCCCCUCUUAUCGUAUUCGAAACACGAGAAGGAUCGACUUAUAAGAGUCUGGAUUUCUCCUAGAGGAAAAUCUUUAAACUUAGAACUUCACGGCCGGCCUGUAUUUGAAAUUCCCACUAAUUUCAAGGAGCAUCGCUGGUAUCACAUUUGCCAAUCGUGGGAUUCAGGGUCUGCCACUUGGGAAGUUUUCAUCAACGAUAAGAAAUUUAGAGGGCGUGCUCCAAAGUUGACCGGUCUGAUCAUCGAAGCUGGGGGUGAUAUUGUGGUCGCUCAGGAGUAUACGGACUUCGAUAAGGGUCUGGAAGAUGGCAUCGAAGGCCAAAUAUUCGGCUUCAACUUCGUUCUUUCCGCCACUUCGAAAAUGCAGAACUACGGAAAAUAUUCGGAAUCCCCUGCAACAUCAAUGGUUGGUUAUCGAGGCCGUCGUUCAUUUGAGCCUUCUAGAUCUCGAUACACUCCUUUCCGUCCGUCAGAUAUGAACGGGAAAACGCCCACUUUUCUGAAUUUCCCUCUAUCGUGGGAGAAUUCCUACAUGUCAUCGUUGGAAAACAUCCGUCACAGCAAUAUACCCCCGCAAAAACUACGAGUUCGGAUUAAUGCUCCGAAAAUCGUCAAAAUGAACCGUCCCAAUGAGUUGUUUCAAACGUAUUUGGCUACAGACCACGUAGCCGGAGGCAAAAAACCAGAAUCGACUGGAUUGAUGCUGGUGGAAAUGAGCAAAAAUUGCAGAAUUGGGAAAGGGGGGCCGUUGCGGGGAGAAAAAGUGUUGAUAAAUUGGGCGGAGACAAAAGUGCGCGUUUUUGGUGGUGCCAUAGUGAAACAUGUGGAACCAUUUUGUUGAGGGAAGGAUUCAGAUGUAAUUUAUUGAACUGGUCCUGACAGAACGAAUGUGAAUUCAAAAUCAUUCAAUAGCAGUCAUUAUUUCAUGAAAGUAUUUUUUGCAUGCUUUAAUUUAAGUAAAUUAUUGUAAAUAGUAUUAGAAUUUUGUUUAUAAUGUUGAAUUAAUUGAAUUAAUUCUGAGCCUGGUAACGUUUUUCGUAACCUCAUAUG